CUAUUCUUCUCAUUCAGUUGCAUCAUCACCUGUCGCCCACAGGUACCUUACAUCAUAGCGGCCCCUCCCAAGCCUGUAUAUAAAGGCCACAUACAUCUCCAUCACAACAGCCGCUGUUACUGUCUUGCCCAGUUUAGCAUUCUAACCAUCUCCAUACCUCUACUGUUCUUCCAGUUCAACGAAAAGCUACUGUGCAUAGGCAAUAGUUAAGUCCGUCGCUCAGUACAUACUAUGGAUCCCAAAAUUGCUGUUGCUCUCACUCUGUCUCUCGUAGGUGGCUUGAGCACCUCCCUCGGUGCAUUACUUGCAAUAUUAAAUCAUGCACCAAACAACAGAACACUUGGGAUAUUACAGGGAUUUGCUACUGGACUCAUGUUGAGCAUGUCUUUCUUUGACUUGGCUUAUGAUGCUGUCAAUGCGAUUGGUUUUCUGAAAGGGAACCUUUGGUUUUUUGCUGGAGCACUUCUAUUUUCAGCAAUUGCCGACAUCUUCCCUGAGCCAGAAUGCAGUCCGCCAGAUGAAAAUGACAAACAAAAGACGGUUAAUAGCACAGCGCGGCAGGAACUUAUGAUGAGACACCGAAGAAGAGUUAUCUUUAGUGUAAUUGUCACCGCAAUUGUUGCUGGUGUGAGUCUGCAAAACUUCCCUGUGGGUACUGCCGCGUUUCUUGGAACUGCGAAGGGCUUUCGUGUUGGCCUUAACUUGGUUAUUGCUAUAGCUCUACACUACAUCCCGGAGGGCAUUGCUGUAGCUCUCCCUGCAUACUUUGCAACUUGCAGCAAAUGGCAAGCAUUCAAACUAGCAACACUUUCUGGUUUUGCGGAGCCACUAGGUGUAAUUAUCGUGGCAUAUAUAUUUCCGAGCAACCUAAAUCCAGAAAUAUUGGAAGGUCUACUUGGAUUAGUGGGAGGAGUAAUGGCAUUCCUGACAUUGUAUGAGAUGCUACCAUUAGCAAUUGAGUAUGCUGGACGCAAGGACGCUGUGAAAGCUGUAUUUGUUGGCAUGGCAUUUAUGUCUAUGAGCUUGCACUUCCUGGACAUCAGUCUUCCAAAGGAGAUGAGCGCUUAAUUCCAGUCUAACCCAAUAAGUGCUAUGGGCAAAUGCAUCGUGGACUUUCAGUAAGGUCACGGUUGGGAGGAUGUGCAUACAGUCGCAUGUCAUGAUACAGCUUUCUGCAAUAGUAGCUGACACGAUAACCUGCAAAUCAGGGCCUUCAUUGAUGUCCUCCUGAUGCAUGGCUGACAUGGCUGCAAGAAAAUUAUAGGCCUCAAACUCCAACAAGUCAUGUACAUAAUGAAUAAAACUGUACUUAUAGGACGGAGAUAAAAACCACUCGUGUGAUGUAAAUAACAAAUAUUUAUGAGAUGAACCAUUUGUUAUUGAAGAUAAUUGUACCUCACGU